UGGGCACCUAUUCUUACUCCUAAUGACUCAAGUUUUAUGAGUCUCUUUAUAGAUGGUCGUUAAGCGCAAUUUGGUCCUUCGGUCAUGGAGCGAUUCCCACUCUAAGUCAGCAAGGAUUUUGGUCACGGCCAGGUGACCGGACGUUCUUCAUCCAUGAUCACUCAGUCACAAAGAAAGAAUAUGAUGACCCCAAGAAUGCGAUUAUUUACUACUAUCCACAGCAUACUCCGAUUGAUAUCCAGUGCAUUUUCUGUAGCCAGCUGAUGGGCAUGGUUAACUGUAUGAGGUCAAUCUCAGGGACGCCUCCUAAAUUAUACAAACUACGCAAGCACAAAGUAGCCACCAUACACGAGGGAAACUUCACAAUGGCGCUUGCCUGUAAGCUACGGACUCCCGACUCUGCCAUCAUUCGGAAGCUGGAAAACCUGUACAAAGUGUUUACUUUCUACCAUUGCUCGAUAACGAGAGUUCAACAGCUUUCCAGCAAUAAUGAAGCUUUUCUAUCCAACAUGGCUGCCAUCUGGGACUUUUACGUUCCAUAUGUCCGUCGCUACGGCAACACAGUGCCAGCCGUGUUUGAACCCAUUCAGCAAGUGAAGCUCCUUAAGGGUGGGAACAUCCUUUUCCUUAGAUGCUCUCAUCUUCUGCAGUGGCUGAAGGGUCAGCCAUCGCUUCUUGCUGGCUGCAUCCUGUACAGACGAAGUGUGCUUUGUACUCAACUCUCUCCUGAGCUAACCUCUCACUUACUGCUGAUUAAACCAAAUCAACUUCAUCAUCCUUCCAAGUCUGUGACAGACACAGUUCUGCCAUUUGGUGUCCGUAUCCUGUCUGUGUACAUUACUGAGCAACAGUACAGGCAUUUGUCAACACCGCUGGAGCCCCUACCCAAGCCCCGCCCCUCAGUCCAAGCCAAACAACUUGAAGGCAUCUUCUGUACGCCUCCUGCCUCCCCAACAGAGGUGCCAGGCAGUGAGGACCAGUCCUCAAGCAGCCAGCCCACACUGAAGAGAACAAGGAGACUGUUCUCAAAUUUCACAGGGAUGCUAGAAGGGCCUGUCGUGGAGUCGCUCUGGCCCUCCUCGUCCAAAUUGGACAGUGUUGGCCAGAGGUCAGGGUCUUCCUUGGGAGACGCUGAGAGGGACAGAGGGAAGGUUGGAUCUCCCAGUUUAAUUCAAGAUGGUAAGGAUGAUGUAGUAGUGGAGUUGGGGAGCAGUGACGAUGUGGUGAGAAUGCUACAGGGUGAUCGAGAUUCUCCAGACAAAGAUUUGAUGAGAAUUGUUCCUCCUGGUGGCCUGAUGGAUUCAGAUGCUCAAGAAACUAAAGAUGUGCCAGCUAGUCAGCACAAGCACUCGGGCUUCCCUGAUUCGUCAACUGAAUCGCAGAAGUCACAAACUAGAACUCUGAUGCUUGGAGAACCACCUGCCAACAAUUACCUAGCUUCCGCGGAGGUACAAGCAAAAACGGAUGUGGGACAUGAAGAGAUGGCCCUUUCCAAUGGGACUGUUUGUACAGACGACGGAAAGCAAAGUUUAACCGAGAAAAGCAGAUUGAUAGAGAGGGUCUCGGAAACAGAGAAGCAGAAAGGCGUGUCAUUAGAAAGAAAAGCAGACUCUGACAGUGCUCAAGAUGUUCGAGCACAACCUACUGUCGAUGCUAGAGAUACAUCAGUGGAGAGUUCGUGGGGAAGGGAUCUCACAGAACAAAUCUUGUCCAAGGGUCACGAUCCACUUGGGCAGCCAAGCAAAGAUCUGAAAUCAACCUCAAAUGCCUCCGAGCAGAAGAGUGAAUCCCCGGAGUCCGGGAUAGAAGACUGUCUCGCUCCGAGGAGCCAUGACGACUUCAGUGGCUUGGGCAACAUUAACGGUGAGAAAGAUCAGGGGUUUGAAGAAGCAGUAGAUGAUGGACGUAGCAGGCAUAACGAAACCGUGGAUGUAAUAUCUGCCGGGGAAGCACCUCUUAGAGAUGGAGAAUGCCAAGAGAGUGCUCUGUGCAAAGAGGAAAAACCAGCAGGUAAUACAGCACCGCAUGUCGUAGAGAAAGCUAAAAACACAAUUAAUGCAACGCGUGACCAACACUUGAAUGACUACCACUUAGAUGGAUUGGAAACUUGUUCGGGUACUUACUGUGGCAGUGGAAAUUUAUCGUUGGUACUUUCUAGGCACGAUACUGCUGCAAUGCAGUCAAACACAAGACAAAGUGUCGCUAGACUAAACAAUGAAUUUGAUACCGGUGGAGAGAAAAUUCUGGCCAGUAUUGCUGAAAAAUCCAUAAGUAGCACAGAGCAUGAACGGACCUCAGGUGCAUCCCACAGAGACCAGAGCUUGCUCCUUGAAGUACCAGAGCCCGAAGGCGAUAUUCUUGAAAGUUCCAAACACGAGCAGGAAGAAUAUACUGCGGAAGACUUGGGGAUGGGUGACUUGGAAGACAUCAACUCCAAUGUGAAACUCGAAGGGACAGAGUGUCUCAUGACAGAGUCAUCCUCAGGCACUGUAGAUAAUGGUGCCAUCGGUGAUGUGGAAGUGGAAGGCAAAGUGGAAGAGGUGGGGUUGUUGACAUCACAGCAGAAAGCGGAAAUAAGUUCAGAUGAAGAUGAUAGAACUCUUCUGGCGUCAGAUGAAGAGAUUGAAGCCGUCAGUCUUAAAGGACAGCUAUCCCUCAAUACGGACAACAAAUCUAACAGUGAAGGAUCUCCGUACACAGCUGCCGCAGAAACAGUGAACAGUUUUCCCUGUACAGAUGUAGAUUCACCAAAAGAAAGUGAGAAGGAGACUUUGCAAGACCCUCCGACAUCAGUAGAGGAAUCAGAAAGUUUCACUGAUGUACAGACAUUUAAAGAAAAGCCUGCCGGUGAGACAGAAUACAAAGGGACUGGUGUUGAAGAGCCAAGAUGGGAUAAGGAGUCUCUCACAAUGUCUGAAGUCAGUGACCACAAGAAGAUGGAAUCAGAGAGGCAAUUAAAUGCUUCAUCAUCCCCAACCUGCCUCGGGAUCAGGAAUAAGGAUGAUAGUCCAAAGGAGGGUAAUGAAAGGAGAGGAGAUGCCGAUGAGGAAAUCAGAGAUGCUAGACAGGUAGACAUGGACAAGCCAUCACAAGACCAAACCGCAGGCAAGGAACGUGAGAUGCUCCUGAAUAUUUCAUCAUCUUCACCUGUGAUUGGGACCGUGGGUGAUGUUAGUCUGAAGGAGCAUGGUGAUGAAAUGAGAGGAUGUGCACCUGACCAACCUGACGGUGGCGGACAGGAAGCAGUAGGGGAACGAUUAGAAGGAGAUGCAGCAGAAAGACGGUCAUCAAUAGAUGCAGAUUUCUCUGCUAUGGAGCGUGAUACUGAGGCAAUGCAUGGCUUAGUCAAUGUCAGCUUGUAUGUCCAGGCUCACUCGGACACAACGUUGCUUUUCCUCGCUGAAAAGUCCAUCACCAAGGAGAAAGAAACCUUGUUCCAGUUGUGGCAGUCUGUCCUCAGAGAACUCGGGGAGCUGGAACUUCAGCUGAAAAAUGUGGUGAGACCUGAGCAAGAGUUGGAUUGCAAAGGGGCGUACAACUUCAUUCACUAUGACAGUCACCAACAGUCUUUAGAAGGAAGUAUCACCAACCCUGUCAACCAGGCUGAGUCCGUCUUUUGUCGAGGCACCGAGCAGAUUCACGAGCAAUUCCUGAGUGAUGAAACACUGACGGAUGUCACACUGCGCAAUCACCAGACAGUUAUACACGGCCACCAGAACGGUUGCCACCAGACUUUCUACCACAAGAACUGCAAGCCCAUCCCGAGCCCGGGCAUCCCCUCCAGAGAUGACGCCGGAUUCUACAUCCAGCACAGUAGCAAGGAAGCAAUCAAAGAACACAGCAUCAACCUGCUGUAAGUUGUUGGUUGAACAUUCUGUGAUAAUUGAUUGAAUACACCUAUUGUAAGGCUGCUAACAGCGAGCAAGAAUUGUGCAUGAAACCUACCUGCCGACCAUUCCAAUUUGACUAGAAUUAUCCCGAUUUUUAAGUUUACAGCCCACAAAAAAAUAUCAGAUUAGUCCAGUUUCCAUGAAAGGGCAAAAAAUAAGUAAAUAAGUCUUGGCAAAGGAGGUGCUAUUUUGAGAAAAAUGAGUGCUGUUUGCUAUGUUUUCUACUGAAAUAGUUUUUUUUCCCUUGGAAACUAGUUUUAGACAUGGGCUUACUCCCAAAGGCACGUAACCUACAUGACAUCAAUGUUGCUUUGAUAAAAACCAACCAAAUUGUUCUUUCAUUACCAGAACCUAGUUACAGACAAAAUGUUUUCGGCACUCUCUAAGGACUGAACUUAAAAAUGUUGAGCGAAUUAAUUGUGGAUCGACAGCAUGAUAUAACCUGAAAUAGUGGAGUCUCACACCUAAUGAAAGUUGGUGGCCCUGCUGUCAACUUAAGAUCUGCAAGGAUACAGAUGGAAGUGGUAUACCUUCCCGCUCCAAGGCUAUUCAACUCCGACUUACCUGGAAAUCUGUGGAAAUUUUCAAAACUUGAAGUAUUUCUGAUGGAUGUCGGACUCCACAGGUUAGCCACUCUUGCUUUAUGUUUUGGUUGAUGUUCCACUUCUGUUCGAGUAUGGGGAAAAUGCUGUCUUAUUUCUGAAGUGUAAGAUUAUACAGGAUUCAGGAACAUUCCAAGCAAAUGUUCCAGAGUGUCUUGGACCAUAUGACCAGAAAGGAUGACCAACAUCCAAAUAUUUCUUGUCCAUAUUCCAUGUAGCUCUCACUUUUCCACCGUUAGUUAAAGUCAGCAACGGUGAGAAUUUAAAAAAAACCUUACCUUGCAUCAAAAAGGACAAUUUUUUUUAUACCCAGCAAGAAAUGAGA